AUGUUUAAAACCCAAUACGAUAACGAAGCAAAGCUGUGGAGAGGUCGUGAUCAGCUUCCAUUGUACAACCCAAAAAUAUCACUGGCUCAAGUGAUAUUGAAAUCCUGCAUAAACUUUGGACCAAAGAUUGCCCAAGUAAGCGCUGAUUCGGGCAUAAAAUUGAGCAAUGAUGAAAUUCGCAUCAAAAUGAUACGUGCUGCUCAAAAUCUACAAAAGCGAGGAUAUAAUUCAAAAGAGGUGUUUGCAGUAUUAGCAAAGAAUUCGCAUCAUUUAGCGCCGAUUGUGUUUGCUUCGUUGGCCAUUGGCAGUGCAGUCAAUACACUUGAUCUACAAUUUUCAAAAACCGAACUCCUGCAUAUGCUGAAAACAACCAAACCAGCUCUGAUAUUUUGUGACGUUGAAGCUUACGAUCUUACAAAGCAGUGUUUGGUUGAUUUAGAUAACAGUGCAAAGAUAUUUACAUUUGGCGGUAGUAAAGGUGACUCGGAACCAGUUGAGUGUUUAUUUACAGAGACUCACAAUGAGUCCGAUUUUGUGCCAGUGAAAGUCGAUGGUGAAAAUGAAAGUGCAGCCAUUGUGUGUUCCUCCGGAACAACGGGAUUAUCGAAAGGCGUCUGCUUAUCACAUGCUGCUUUGCUCGAUGGUUUCGCUCAUUUUGAUGCAUUCACUUCAAAUGAUGUACUACUGUCGUUUAGUUCAUUGUACUGGGUCACUGGUUGGUAUAUGUUGUUAGCAGGAACGAUUCAAGGUGCAAAUCGUAUUAUAACAACGGAAACUUACGAUCCAGAAAUGCAUUUGCGACUAAUUGAGCAAUAUAAAGUGACAUUUGGACUCAAUUCGCCCACUCAUUUGACGUUGUUGUCGAAAAGUGAUCAUCUCGAUCAGACUGACUUAUCAAGCCUCCGAUUUCUAAUAGUUGCUGGUGGCAAAUGCUCUUUCCAAGUACAAAAUAGAAUAAAUUCGAGAUUGCCAAAUGUCGGCCAGAUAGUGAGUUUUUGCAGCAUAAAAAUCAUUGACGAUAACGGCAAUCGGUGUGGUGUUGGUGAAGAUGGUGAAAUUUGCUUUAAAACCAAUUAUAAGUUCAUUGGGUAUUAUGGCAAUCAGAAAGCUACCGAUGAGUCAGCCGACAAUGAAGGGUUCUUCCUAACAGCAGAUAUUGGCCAUUUCGACGAAGAUGGAAAUUUGUAUAUUGUCGAUCGGAAGAAGGAUUUUAUCAAAUAUUGUAAUUUACAAAUUUCACCGUCACAAAUUGAAUCUUAUUUGGUUGAAUCGCCAAAAAUCGAAGCGGCUUGUAUCGUAGGAUUGCCAGAAGAGGUUGCCGGUGAAUUACCAACCGCUUUCAUUGUGCGUGGCAAUAAAUUGAAUAUCAGUGAAAAAGAGGUUUAUGACAUGGUUGCAGGACAUUUUGCCGAUUAUUGCAAACUGCGUGGCGGUGUUCAUUUCGUCGAUUCACUUCCAAUGACUCCAUCCGGUAAAAUUCUGCGCAGAAAAGUCAGAGAUUCAGCUUCUCAAUUUACAAG